AUGUUGGGCCAUGACCUGACCGCUUACUUAGACUCCUGUGCCUGCCUGCGUGGACUUCUCGCGUGGAGCCGAAGACCUGGGAGCGCGUCGAGUGGGCCUGGCAUCAUCUUCAGCGGGACUGGCUCCUCCUGUGCUCAGCCAAUGCUCCGGUGCGCCAUCGGAGGGGAUGGCGGGGUCCCCGGCUGCCAGUCCUGUGCCGUGGCCCUGCGCUAUGGUCGGGGAAACCCAAACUGGAGGAACAAUGUUGGGCUGAUUGUCAGAUGGGUGCAGUCAGAUGGCAGAGUGAAGCACGUGCAGAUCGACUGUGGUAAGACCUACCGUGAAUCCGUGCUGACGGUGUACAAAGAGCACAGGGUCUUGUCGUUGGAUGCAGUGUUUUUGACACAUGACCAUGCUGACGCAAUUCUCGGCCUGGAUGAUCUGCGACAGCUCCAGCCUUUUGACCCCGUGACGCGUCGAGUGCUGGGCCCACCGAUGCGCUGCUUCUGUGACCGCCGCACGCUCCUGCACUGCCGACGUGCCUUUCCCUACCUUUUUCCCAAGGUGGAUACGGGGAAGGCCCUGCGACUUGUGCAGGCUUUUUGCCAGUGCAACAGCGAUUGCGAUGGCGACUGCCAGCCGGACAUGCCGGACCAGAGCAUCAGCCCCAACGCCCCAGAAAAGGUGACACGGUUUGUCGCCAGCAUGGAGUGGAAGGAGAUUCCAGAGGAUACCUCCCCGUUCUACGUGGAUGGCUUUCCAUUUCAUGCGCUGCCAGUCCUGCAUGGUGCAGACUACACCUGCUUUGGCUAUGGUUUUGGUUCCCUCGGUUCCAGAGUGGUGUAUAUAUCUGACUACACCGCCCUCUUGCCAGAGACUGAAGCCCUGCUGGAACGUUGGAGCAGCCAGCCGGACAAGAUCUCCAUCUUGAUUCUCGACGUCCUCUUCCCAGAUGCCACGAAAAGCACGGUGCACGCGAACCUGGAGGAGAGCCUGGACUUGGUGCGGCGGUUUCGCCCGGAGAAGGCCUUCUUCGUCGGUGUUGGCCACUAUUGCGAACACCAUGCAAUGAAUCGCCAGCUCCGCAAGCUGUGGAAAUCUGAAGGUCUUGACGUGCAGCUCGCCCACGAUGGUCUCUUCGUCCCUGUUGACCUUUCGACGUCGCUGAGCGACGCCGUGAGCCCCGCACGCGAAACUUAG